AGAGGGUUGUGUGUGGGAAAGUGAGUGUGUGUAACAGGAGCCGAGUGGUUGAACUGCCGAUGAAAUAAACUGGUAUUGAGUGUUAGUCCUCCCCGUCGAGCAAAGAUGACCAAGCUGGGCUUCCUGCGGCUGUCCUAUGAGAAACAGGACACGCUGCUCAAGCUACUCAUCCUCUCUAUGGCAGCAGUGCUUUCAUUCUCCACAAGGCUCUUCUCUGUUCUGAGAUUUGAGAGUGUCAUCCAUGAAUUUGAUCCAUACUUCAAUUACCGAACCACUCGAUUCUUGGCAGAGGAGGGCUUUUACAAGUUUCACAACUGGUUUGAUGACCGCGCCUGGUACCCCCUUGGGAGGAUCAUUGGAGGAACAAUUUAUCCGGGUUUGAUGAUCACUUCAGCGGCUUUGUAUCACGUGUUGCACUUUUUCCAUAUCACCAUUGACAUUCGUAACGUCUGCGUCUUCCUGGCUCCCCUUUUCUCCUCCUUCACUGCCAUCGUCACCUAUCACUUAACCAAGGAGCUCAAGGAUGCUGGCGCUGGACUUCUGGCUGCUGCUAUGAUUGCAGUCGUCCCCGGAUACAUCUCGCGUUCCGUCGCCGGCUCGUAUGAUAAUGAAGGUAUUGCCAUAUUUUGCAUGCUGCUGACGUAUUACAUGUGGAUCAAGGCGGUGAAGACUGGCUCUAUUUACUGGUCAUCCAUGUGUGCAUUGGCUUACUUUUACAUGGUCUCCUCCUGGGGUGGUUACGUGUUCCUGAUUAACCUCAUCCCACUUCAUGUUCUGGUGCUAAUGCUCACCGGCCGUUUCUCCCAUCGCAUCUAUGUGGCUUACUGCACGGUCUAUUGCUUGGGCACCAUCCUGUCCAUGCAGAUCUCCUUUGUAGGAUUCCAGCCCGUGCAGUCCUCAGAGCACAUGGCGGCUUUCGGAGUCUUCGGCUUGUGCCAGAUCCACGCCUUUGUUGACUAUCUACGGAGCAAGCUCAACGCCCAGCAGUUUGAGAUUCUGUUUAAGAGCGUUAUUUCCUUGGUUGGAUUUGCUCUGCUCUCCGUCGGUGCAGUGCUCAUGCUCACAGGCAAAAUCUCUCCAUGGACUGGUCGUUUCUACUCCCUGCUGGAUCCGUCUUAUGCCAAAAACAACAUCCCGAUCAUUGCCUCUGUCUCUGAGCACCAGCCCACCACCUGGUCCUCUUACUACUUUGACCUACAACUGCUGGUCUUCAUGUUUCCAGUUGGUCUCUAUUACUGCUUCAACAAUCUAUCUGAUGCAAGGAUUUUCAUCAUCAUGUAUGGAGUUACCAGCAUGUACUUUUCAGCUGUGAUGGUGCGUCUCAUGCUGGUUCUGGCCCCAGUCAUGUGCAUCCUUUCUGGAAUCGGUGUGUCUCAGGUACUCACCACCUACAUGAAAAACCUGGACGUCAGCAGGCCAGACAAGAAGUCAAAGAAGCAACAAGACUCCACCUACCCUAUCAAGAAUGAGGUUGCUAGUGGCAUGAUCUUGGUCAUGGCCUUCUUCCUGAUCACAUACACGUUCCACUCCACCUGGGUGACCAGCGAGGCUUACUCCUCCCCCUCCAUCGUGCUCUCUGCCAGAGGAGGAGACGGCAGCCGCAUCAUCUUCGACGAUUUCAGGGAGGCUUACUACUGGCUAAGACACAACACUCCAGAGGAUGCUAAGGUUAUGUCAUGGUGGGAUUACGGCUAUCAGAUAACAGCCAUGGCGAAUCGAACGAUUCUGGUCGACAACAACACGUGGAACAAUACACACAUUUCAAGAGUAGGCCAGGCCAUGGCGUCCACUGAAGAGAAAGCCUAUGAGAUCAUGCGGGAGUUGGAUGUCAGCUAUGUCUUGGUGAUCUUUGGCGGACUCACCGGAUACUCAUCUGAUGACAUAAACAAAUUCCUGUGGAUGGUGCGUAUUGGCGGAAGCACAGAUACCGGGAGGCACAUCAAGGAGCAUGACUACUACACUCCUACUGGAGAGUUUCGUGUUGACAGGGAGGGAUCUCCUGUGUUGCUUAAUUGCCUCAUGUAUAAGAUGUGUUACUACCGCUUUGGCCAGGUUUACACUGAGGCCAAACGCCCCCCUGGUUAUGACAGGGUGCGCAAUGCCGAGAUUGGUAACAAGGAUUUUGAGUUGGAUGUGCUGGAGGAGGCCUACACAACAGAGCACUGGCUGGUCAGGAUAUACAAGGUGAAAGAUCUUGACAACCGAGGCCUCUCUCGAACGUAAAGAGGAAGCUGAAGACACCGAACAUUCACACACCCUUUUAACACGCAGCACUGAAUGCCUUCCCCCCCAAGAUCAGAUAAUGAGUGUGAAUAAUUUUUAUACUUGCGUUGUAAUGGCAGAAAGAGAUUUUUGUUUCAUACUUUUUUUUUUUUUUUUUUUUUCAGUUUGAUUUACAAAUGUGAGAUUUCAUCUGGAAUGGAAGGACAGGGUGUUAAAUACGUCCAGGCUCCAGUAAAUAAGUAAUUUCUGCUAGCAGUGGCCGGCCAAUUCAUUUGUCUGUGAGCUGUAAAAUAAAUGGAGUGA